AUGGACGUCAACCAGCCGGAAGAUGGCAUACCACUUAAUGCACUGGAUCAUAUCCUUCGGGAUGGUGUGCAUACGCUGAACACCGACUGUCUUCCAAUUUACUUGGAAGCUCCAACAAACGUGAAUGCACGUCACUUUGGUGAUCUCCAACAAGAAAUCAUACGCCUUCGUCAAGAAUUAGCUUGGCAUCAGGAAGCAAAGGAAGCCCUCAUGGGUCUUUUUGGGGAUACAAGGGAGAUAUAUCGCCUCCUUCAAAAGGCACUCAUCAAAGCCAGGGUCCAGCAUGGGGGAGACAAACAUUUUUCAGAGCUGGCGAAUGACGCACAGGAUGCCAGUUUCCUUCUUCGACAAUGUCUGCAACGAGCAUCCCACAGACUUUCGGAGUCAGAGAGCCGUCUUCUCGAGGCCCUAGGUAUCUCGUUAGAUGAUACAAAUGGGAGAGACAUCACAGUGCUAUAG